AUGCGUCGCGCUGCCCUUUUUGCCCUCCGCUCGCCCCGACGCUCUGCCUUUCGAAAGCUCGUCUCCAAGUCUUCCCCCUUUGCACCUCCAAACCAUGUCGUAGUCUCGGCCAACGCGCAUUCCUCCUCCCUCGUCCGCAGAUACAGUACGUCUCGAACACCGUUCCAGUCCUCUAUGCGUAUCCCUAAGAUACCAAUCAUCUUCGUUGGAUCUCUAGGCGCGAUUGGAGCCUGGUAUGCAUACAGAGGCGAUGGGCCAGAGCAUCUCCUGAAAAGUCACCCCUCGUCAAUAUCAGUGCAGCCGAGGAGGAGUCUGAGCACCACCGCAGAUACUGCACAACCUACUACGGAAGCCACUGACGCCACGCCGCUACCUGCGGGCCCUGAACCGUAUCGGAAAGCAUUGGUAGUGGACAACGACCAAUUCUUCACCGGGUCCAUUGUAGGGGACGGUCCGCUGGCCAAGGAUACAGAUGACUUCGGCAGGAAAGUGCUGGAGAUGAUGACCCCUGAGCAAGCCACAGAAAGAUUACGGAAGAAUGAACAGUCAUUCCUCGUUGGCAGAGGACGUGGUGUGGUGAGAUAUGAUAUGGUUCAACUUCCCAGCAACGAUCCCAUUGAGGAUGACCACGCAGAGAAGAUUGUCGAAGUCCCAACCACAGUCGCUGCAACAGAGGGCGCAUCGUCUUCAGAUUGGAUGUUCUGGGGCGUCUUCGACGGUCAUUCGGGAUGGACAACCUCUGCGAAAUUGCGCCAGGCCUUGAUCUCUUUCGCCGCCCGCGAACUUAAUCGCACCUACAAAGCCGCACUAUCAGACGCAAAAUCACCCUUCCCUUCGCCCGCAGCUAUAGAUCAAGCUCUGAAAUCCGCAUUCGUUAAGCUAGACAAUGAAAUCUGUCUGGACAGCGUCAGCAAACUCAGCAAAAAUCCCAGCAAACGGCUCGCCGCCGAAAUCCUUGCUCCCGCCUUGUCAGGCUCCUGUGCCCUUCUGUCUUUCUACGAUUCCCAAUCCAAAACCCUCCGCGUGGCAUGUACAGGCGAUUCUCGCGCCGUGCUUGGCCGCCGCAACCCCCAAUCGGGUAAAUGGUUCGCCACGCCUCUCUCAGAAGAUCAAACAGGCUCCAAUCCGAAUGAAGAAGCACGCAUGCGUGCCGAACAUCCCGGUGAGGAAUUCGUCAUUCGAGCUGGCCGGGUUUUGGGAAAUCUGGAGCCAACACGCGCAUUCGGAGAUGCAUUUUACAAAUGGUCGCGCGAUACGCAGGACCGAAUUAAAAAGAACUUCUUUGGGCGCUCACCACAUCCACUUCUGAAAACGCCGCCGUAUGUUACGGCGGAGCCGGUGGUGACGAGUACAAAGAUAAACCCGUCCGAUGGCGACUUUCUUGUGAUGGCCACCGACGGUUUGUGGGAGAUGCUGACCAACGAAGAAGUUGUGGGACUCGUGGGUCAGUGGAUUGAACAUCAAAAUAAGCUUGCUAGCAACAAGACUUCUGCUGGCUCGAAUACUGCUGCGUGGUUGACGAGUUGGUUCAAAUCAACACCUAACGGGCUGCCCGUAGAGAAGGGUGGCAAUAUGGACAAGACUGGUCGUAUUGACACUUCCUACAACCAGAAGGACGCGAAAGGUGGCAAAGACACCAACACCAACAAUGUCGAAAAGCCCAUCCGCCAGCAGCAAUGGGACAUCCCCGCUUCGCCCCCCUCCACUUCUAAUCGCUUCGUCGUCGAGGACAAGAACUGUGCAACUCAUCUCAUCCGAAACGCCUUGGGAGGGAAGGAUAGAGAUAUGGUGUGCGCAUUGCUCACAUUGCCAAGCCCCUACAGUCGGCGGUACAGAGAUGAUCUCACAGUACAGGUUAUCUUUUUUGGAGAGGCUGGUGAAGCUGACGGAAAGGUGGUGAUCAACGAAGAAGCCACGGCACGGCAGGUCCAGAAAACUGACGACGGACAGUUAAAGGCGAAGUUAUGA